GCUGCCCAAUAUAGAAAAGCAACCUGCCUGUUCGCCAAGGUAACGUUUCAAAGCAGAAGAAAUGACUCGAAAUAGUGCAUCCGAUAUGCAAGAUGGAAUGUGUAUUGCCAGCCAAGUGACACAAUGUGCGGACGCCGAUGCUUCUCCGCGCUCAGAUGGUUUCAUCUUCGGUCCAAAAUGCCACUUGCUUAACUGACAUACGAGAAUAGAGACCUACAUACUCAUUGAUAAAAGAAAAUCAAGCGAAUCUACAAAUAUGAACGGUACGCUGCUUAAAAGGCGAAGGCUGGACUGUGUGUACGCGUUGCUGCUGUGGCUCCAUCACGCUGUGUGGAUGUGCUGUUCAGCGGCCGAAGAGCAUCAUUUCAGCGCUGAGGCGUGGUUGCAGAGAUAUGGCUACCUCCACAAGACACAACCUAACAUGGCUGCCCUGCGAUCAGCCCAAUCCAUGCAUUCUGCUAUUGCUGCCAUGCAGCACAAGUAUGGACUAAACGUCACAGGGAGUCUAGACAAGCAGACAAUAGACUGGAUGAAAAAACCCAGAUGUGGGGUACCAGACCUGCUUGGUGGCAUAUCUGGAUCCCGCAGGAAGAAGCGCUAUGCACUAACUGGACAGAAGUGGCAACGCACACACAUCACAUACAGCAUUAAAAAUGUCACUCCUAAAGUGGGAGCACGAGAAACGCAUGAGGCCAUUCGCCGGGCGUUUGACGUAUGGCAAGGUGUCACGCCGCUACGCUUUGAGGCAGUGCCCUACAGCGCUCUGGAGAGCGGCAAGCGUGACGUCGACAUCACCAUCAUCUUUGCCUCUGGUUUCCAUGGGGACAGCUCUCCUUUUGAUGGAGAAGGAGGCUUCCUGGCACAUGCUUAUUUCCCAGGGCCGGGCAUAGGGGGCGACACGCACUUCGACUCAGAUGAACCCUGGACACUGGGCAACCCAAACCAUGAUGGUGAGAGAAUGGCAGGUAAUGACCUGUUCCUUGUGGCAGUCCAUGAGCUUGGUCAUGCUUUGGGACUGGAGCAUUCUAAUGACCCUACGGCUAUAAUGGCUCCAUUCUAUCAGUAUAUGGACACAGAGAGCUUCAGACUGCCUCAUGAUGACCUACAGGGCAUCCAGAAAAUAUACGGUCCUCCAGACAAAAACCCUCAGCCUACUAGACUGCUUACGACUGCUACGCCUCCUCGCCUGCACCUACCAACUGACCCUCGAAAGCAUGACCGACAGGGUCGCCCCCAUCGCCCUCCGCAGAAGUCAAAACCAGCCCACCCCAACUCCAAACCCAACAUCUGUGACGGAGGUUUCAACACUUUGGCAAUCCUACGACAGGAGCUGUUCGUCUUCAAGGAUCAGUGGUUCUGGAGGGUGCGAGAUAAUUCAGUGGUGCCUGGAUACCCUAUGCAAAUUAACUACUUCUGGAGAGGUCUGCCUCCCAAGAUCGAUGCUGUCUACGAAAACAGCGAGGGGAAGUUUGUCUUCUUCAAAGGCAACCGGUUCUGGGUGUUUAAGGAUACAACUCUACAGCCCACAUAUCCUCAGGACAUUUCUCUUUUUGGCAGUGGGAUGCCCACACAGAGCAUUGAAACCGCUGUUUGGUGGGAAGAUGUAGCCAAAACCUACUUCUUCAAAGGGGACAGAUACUGGAGGUACAAUGAGGAUAUGAGAACCAUGGACCCUGGAUAUCCAAAACCCAUUACUGUGUGGAAAGGCAUCCCAGACUCUCCACAGGGAGCCUUUGUGGACAAAGAAAAUGGAUUCACAUACUUCUACAAGGGGAAGGAGUAUUGGAAGUUCAACAACCAGAGGCUGAGAGUGGAGCCAGGUUACCCUAGGUCUAUCCUGCGUGAUUUUAUGGGCUGCGACGGCUUACCUGCCGACCCCGACUGGGACUGGAGCCCUCCAGAGGAAGAAGAGCCACCACAAUAUGACAAUGAUGACGUUGAUAUCGUACUCAAGCUGGAGAGCAGCGGUGGAGCAGAGAAAGCGGUGGCCAUCGCCAUCCCCUGCGUCCUGGCCCUGUGCAUGAUGGUGCUGCUCUACACCGUGUUCCGCUUCAAGAGGAAGGAUACGCAGCGCCACAUACUGUACUGCAAGCGAUCCAUGCAGGAGUGGGUCUGAGAAUUCAAGGUCCCACUCCUUCUGCUAAAACUAUUUUCGUCUUAAAAAUCCCUUAAAAAGGUCAAAAAUCUGCUCAUUUUGAGGCGCUGACUUUAUGUUGCUAUUUGUUGGCAGAAACGAAGGACGACAUGAAUGAACAGCAUGCCAACUUCCUGCUCCCUUCAGCCUUCGUAGAUGGCAAUGUGUCAUUUUUGUAUGGUUUUGGAACUCUGUGUGGCUUUGGCGGCCAUUUUGGUUCCUAGAGUCCACUGCAGGAGUAAACUGUUACUCUACAAACCAUAAUUAUGAGCUUUUCAACUGAUUUGAGAAUUAUUUAUCAUCGGACUGCUGAUCUAGAUACUCCAUAAAGGUUGAACUCACCUAUGUCACUCCAAAAUACUUGCCUCUGUUGAAAAAACUGAUACCCAAACCAAAUAUGCCCUUAGUGUCCAAAGAGGAUUGCUUAAUUCACAUGGAAUAUUCUGAGAUGACUGAUCAUUAUUUGAGUUCCAUUGGACUGCAUUCAUCUGCAGGUAAUAUGGGAUAUAUCUGCUUGGAAAUCAGAAGGACCUUGACAUAUAACAUCGGGGCCGCAUUGCAAUAUUUCAUUGAAUGCCUUAAUCACAUAUUGAGUUUAUUUUUCUGUGUGUUAGUGUACAUGUGCCUGUGUGAAUGUGACCCCUUUCCAUUCAUUCCUUUGCUUCUCACUGUUCUUUUGAUGCACUACUGACUGAUGGAGAUCUGCAGUAAGAUUCGUAAGUGUAUGGCUGGUGUCCAUGUUCUGUGCUGCGACGUUUUUAAUAAAGACUCUAAAGCUGCAGCACAGAACAUUAGAGUUUUGGUUAAGUGCUUCCAAUCCAUUCAUAGGGAAUUUAUUAAACAGAAGAAUACAGUUUAGCAGAAAUACCUAAUGAACCUUCCUUGAGAAUCAGAUUAUCAACCAUAAAAAAAUAACAUGCAAAUGUUAAAGUUAUAUAUAAAAACACUUAUAUUAGUGAAGCUUUCAGUGCAAUAUGUAGGCUUGAUUUGCUUUUCCUGAACAAAAUACUUGUGCUUGCAAGGCAGCAAAGGAAAUUUUUGGUAAACGUAGCUUUUGAGCUUUGGUUCGGUGAAUGAAGCUGCAUCAUCAGCACCACUCAUGUACCUUGUUGACCAUGUUAAAGAACCAACCAAUAAUAUAAGAUAGUCUUUGAGGUUUAAAGCCAUUGUUGACACGAAAACUGCAUUGCCAUAUUCCAUUCAUUAUUGUGCAUGAACAUAGUUGUUCACCCCAUGCACACUAGUAAGUGUUCAGUGUCUCUGCUACUUUACGUCCCUAUUUACUACCAAAUUAUAUUUAAUAUUCAAUGAAUUUAAAUUAUACUAAAAUGCACACUUUGUUUUAACAUCACACAGAUUUGAAACGUGAGUUUUUGAACAAGAAUGAGCAUCAAAUACUGCUCCGAUGUACACAUGCUCUCAAGUGGCCGAGACUGCAAGUGUGGGCAUUGGAACAGGCCCACGGUUAGAAUAAUCUGAGUGUGCUACUGAUAAAAUAUAUACUGUAUGCAUACCUUAGUCUAGUGUAUGUAUGAAAUCAGAAGUAUACAAUAAGCUUAAAAAUAAUGAAUCCAUAUUUAAUUUGACAAUUCAAAAAGAUGCAUUGAGGCAUAAAAAUACAAUCUGUUGAAUGGGCUGUACUCACUGUCAAAUCAUUCAGCGGUCAAAACAUAGAAAAUAUCAAAAACAUUUCCAGUGCAAACAAAUCUAUUGUAUUGUACAACCAGUUGCACAUCUAUCUUUUACAGCAUUUUUAAAAAAUUGGGUCAAAUUAAAUAGGCCUUUUAUCCUGACUAAGGUAUUUAAAAUACUGAAGAUGCUAAGAACAGACCAAUGAGGAUGCAUACUAAUGUAGAAAGUUGGCCAAUCCAUAUAAAAUAAAGAAUUAAUAAAUACUAGAAGAAAAUGGACAAAAAAUACUGUUUUGUAAUUCUAUUUAAUAAUUUAUAUAAUGAUUAUAUAAUCUAUUAUAUAAUUUAAAAAAUAAAACAGUUCAUUAUUAUAUACAUUAUUAUAUAUGUACCAUAUUGAGUGGUCUGAUAUACAGCAUUGCCAUUUACUUUACUAAUCAGAGUAGAAGCACAAAAUAGGUUUUAUUACAGCGCUGCACUGCAAACACCCAAAGAUUCCUUUAUAAAGUCCAAACUUGAGUGGCUCAGUUACUCUUUUCAUGGGCUUACUUAUUUCAGGCACAGGUUUGAGUUAAAUCCCAUUUGCUGCACAGCUUAAGGGAAGUAAGAUACUGUACUGCAAUCAGAGAACUAGCUUCACUGCUUAUUUCUGCUUUCCAUGUGAAAAAUAUUUGUUAGCAUGAUCAUUCCCAGAGUGUAUCCACCACUAAACACAUCAGAUGUUGCUGUUUGAUAUUCCUUUCAAGUGUUUCUUGGAAUUGGAGUGAUAUAUAUUGUCAUAUGCCUUGUUUUAUCUCACGUUUUGACCUAUAAUGGACUGUGGUGUUUCUCGCCAUACAUUCGGCAUCAGCCUUCCAAGUGCACAUGAAUUUCCAUGCGUGAACUGUUGUUUUCAUUACAAACAGAAGAAUAUCUCGAGAAUAUGCCCCGUUCUACCUUUGAGGUCGCUGAGUAUUGGAUGUGUAUCUGAACAUGCUGUGUAUAUAUCUCAUGUAGGGUCUUUAUUACAGAUAUGAAAGGCACAUUAUGCAGUACAUCAAUAAUAAGAUAUUAUCUAUUAUCGGAUGUGGCGUGUGAAUCAUUCUUGUGAACUCUAAUGAAGAAGUUAACAAAACGUACCAGGCAACCAUAAGACAUUCAAAUGUAAUUUAUCCCUGAGAUUCAUGAAAGGUUGUUUGGAUGAUGUAAUA